UAUAAAAUUAAUUCAGAAUGACAGAGCCGCCUACCAAUGUAGUGAGUCCAAACGUCAACAACAUCCUCCCUAUUAAGAAGCCCACUGCAGCAGUGACCCCAGUAGUUAGUGUUAUCCAAGAUAAGAGUGAUGCUAACAGCACUGUGUCAGUUAAUGAGGUAGCCCCCAAUCCCCCUGUUGCUGCUGCAGCUGCCAUUUCUCAUCCAAAUCAACCCAUUCAACAGACCCCGCAGUUUAAUAUCAACAUCAGUCUGAACACAGGACAGCAAGCUCAACAACAACCCUCACCCUCCUCACAAUUAACCCAGUCACAAGGCCCCAUCACAGACAACCGGAGACCCAUGGCUGGGGGCUAUUUCAAAUUUCCAGUACCAUUCAGACACCAAAGAAUGUGUACAAGUUGUCUAAAACACAAACCUCCGGUGAUUGAUGUGGAGCAGGGCUCCUCGGAGGCCCCAAUAACCCUUGAUGACAGUGACGGUGAGGAAGAGAAAAAUAUUGAGCGGUCUGUGUGCACAAGUCCCCAUGGUUCCCCCAUGAGAUCCCCCCACAAAGCCCUCAGUACAGGUGGAAUGCAGCCCCUGCCUGUAGUGGUGGAACCUAAACCUGACUCUCCCCAACAAGUCACGCUGGAGGAGGAGGGGGGUUCGGAGCCGGAUGAGGGUGCUAAAAGACGCAAACUUGAUACUAAUUCUAAACAAGACAAUCAAUAUAACCACAGAUUCAACAAUCAGACUCUAUACUACGCCGCCCUUAAAGGGGACACUGCCAAGGUUUCAUACCUGUUAGAAGGUAAUCCAGAUAGAAUGAACUUCAGAGUAAAGGACACGGGCAUGACACCCUUACAUGCUGCAGUUAAAAGCGGGAGUGUGGCUACUCUCAAGGAGUUAACCCGCCAUAUAGGUGCAGGUACACUGACUCUAGAAGCCAUGGACAAGGAACUUCAGACACCGUUAUUCUAUGCGAUCAAACACAACAAAUCUCAGUGUCUUCGCUUCCUGCUCACUCAGGGGGUCAAUGUAAACGCUCGUGACACCAACGCCAGAACGGCGCUACACUAUGCUUGUGAGCUUGGUAAUCUUCUUUGUAUUGACAUGUUGUUGACAGAUAACCGUAUAAAAGUUAACACACAAGACAUGGACGGCUGGACAGCGUUGAUGUGGGCGUGCGAGUACAAGUUCGUAGAUGUGGUGAAGAGUUUACUGGAGAAAGGGGCAGAUCCCCAUCUUAGAGAUAGGGAACAGAAUAUAGCACUACACUGGGCAGCAUUCUCCGGACAUGCUGACAUUGUCCAGCUACUUCUCAGUGUUAGGUCCGACAUAGACGCCAUCAACGAGCGAGGAGACACAUCAUUGCACAUCUCCGCGCGGUUAUCACACAGUGGCAGUGUUAGAGGGAUUGUUAACGCAGGUGCUAGUCUCAGACUUCCAAACAAACAGGGAAAAACUUGCUUGCAGGAUGCUUCACCGGAAAUAGUACAGUUAAUUCAGAAACUGGAAAAAGAAAGAGAUUCUCGGAACUUUACUUCGCCCAAACCUCAGAAAAAUACCGUAUUGCACAGUGAUAUCACCUGUGGUAAGGAAAAGAUACCGAUCCCCUGCAUAAACGAAAUGGACGACGUGGCUGCUCCACUAGAUUUCGUGUACGUAAAGGAGAGUUUCGAGAGUUCCUAUCUUUGUAUCAACAGGAACAUGAAUGUAGUCAAGUCGUGCGUAUGUGAGAACCAUUGUAGACCUGGGGCUCCCUGCUCCUGCUUCUUCCUUACUACUGGCGGCAAAUGUGUUUACAACAAGGACGGUCGGUUGAACACAGAGAUAAGCGAACAGUACAACGAUAUUGUGAUAUUCGAGUGUAACCAGCGGUGUAGAUGCUGGGUUAAUCAGUGCAGAAACAGAGUUAUACAGAAGGGGCUGUCAAAUCCCUUACAACUCUUCAGGACUAACGGUAAGGGUUGGGGAGUAAGAAGCCCGAAACGUUUAAUGAAAGGAUCCUUCAUCUGCGAGUAUAUUGGGGAGAUAAUAUCAGAUAGUGACGCUGAUAGGAGGCUGAACGAUACCUACCUUUUCGAUUUAACUGUUGUGAGUAUAAACUCGAUAAACAACGACAACAAGACAAUUGGUUCUAUAGAUGCAUGUCACUAUGGCAACAUCUCCCGGUUCAUCAACUCCUCUUGUGAGCCGAACUGUGUUCCAGUGAAGGUGUUUGUAGACCAUCACGAUCUAAGAUUCCCCAGGAUAGCUUUCUUUACUACUAAAGAAGUGGAACCUUACGAGGAGCUCACAUUCUACUAUGGAGACUCGUUCUGGGACAUCAAAAAAGAAGUUCUCAAAUGUUGUUGCGGAGCUCCCAACUGCAUCAGCCUGCUGGCUCAGAAAGAGGUUUCUGGCGAGCCCGACAGUGAGAACUCAGAUAUUGAGAUCGUAGAGUAGGUUGUCUGAAGGGACCAAUAUAGAAUCAAAUGAAUCAGAUAAUUUGUAAAAGCGGUGAGCGACUCAUGCUCGUGGGUUAGUUUGUGAUAGGGUACUGAAUAUAACUGUUUUCUUCCAUCUUCAACCUACAGUGAAUUUAAUGAUAUGAAGGACACAAUAGUCGAAGUACCAUCUAACACAUUAAGUCAAUAAUAUUUGUCGGAGGGCCAGAUAUUUCCAACACCGCUCAAUGCUUUAAAUUUAUUUCUUAUUCUUCUGAAAUUACUAGGAAACAAUUUUCAAAAUCGGACAUUAAGAUAAUAUUAUGUUAUAGGUAGUUGAUAAAUUAGUAAAUUUAGUUUUCAUUGUCCAUCACAUUGGGAUUUCCUUUUUAACCUUUCCUACUAAGCUAAUUAUACAUUUGUUAUAUUAUUGACAUUCUGCCAGUAUUUUAACUUUUUUAAUCUUUUGUCAUUGGAAUCUUGUUUAUUUAUGAUUGAUAGAACAUAUGCUAUAAAGUCAUUCCACUUAUUA